AUGGGUCGGUCGAGUAUUUCCAUCAGGCGCCUGACGGCACACCGUUUUGAACAGCUUCCCGACAUGCCGGAUUACGGGCACAAUCCCAAUGAUGUCACUAUUGAGAUCCCUUUGACCGAAACAACCAGUCGUGGUCAGACUGGUGCGCGGAAAUGGGCAUCCAAUACGACUCCCGUGGACAGCACGACUAACACCUCAGAGAAGGGCCCCAUGAUUGGGAACCAGCACAGGGGCCCUGGUCGGAGGCGUCGCACCGAUACCGACAUCAACGAAAUGUCUGGUAAGCGCGCCGAGGCUCCUGAGGAUGGUACAAUCAACCGCAUGGGUCGUAUCUACCAAGCUGUCCUGAACUACUCACUCAUCACUCGUUACCUCAUUUAUGUUAUCCCUAUCGCGAUUUUGAUCGCAAUUCCUAUCAUUGUUGGCGCAACAGUUGCGCAGAACGCCAAAAUUGGCGGUGUCCACAUCUACUGGUUCUUCACUUGGAUUGAGAUUGUCUGGUUCAGUCUCUGGUCAUCCAAGAUUUUCGCUCGCUACAUCCCCUAUUUCUUCCAAUUCCUCUGUGGUAUCAUCAGCUCUGGUACUCGCAAAUAUGCGCUCAUCUUGCGCGCUCUCGAAACUCCCCUCGCCCUCCUGUUCUGGACUAUCAUCUCGCUCGUCACCUUCUUGCCAGUUAUGACCCUGACCCCUGGUAAGAAGGACAGCGGUGAUACUGCGCCCAAGGCGUGGGAGAAAAGUGUAAAGAACAUUCUCUUCGCGCUCCUUGUUUGCUCUAUCAUCUACUUGGCCGAGAAGACACUGGUGCAGUUGAUCUCCAUCAGUUACCAUCGCAAGCAGUUCGAUGCCAAGAUCCGCACUUCCAAGCGCAACGUCCACUUGGUCAGCUUGCUCUUCGAUGCUUCCCGUAACAUGUUCCCCGUCUACUGCCCGGAGUUCAAGGAGGAGGAUUCUCUCAUUUUCGACUCCUUCCUUGCCCAGGCUGGUGUGAAGGGUGGUAAGCGGUCGUCUGCUAUGCCUCUCCGCAUGAUUCGACAGGUCGGCAAGAACGUCGGCCGUGUUGGUGACAAGGUCACUGCUGCCUUCGGUAAUGUUGCUUCUGAGCUUACUGGUAAGCAAGUGUUCAACCCGACCGCUACCCACACCAUGGUCCUGCAGGCUUUGGAGCGCAAGCGUUGUGCUGCGGCGCUGGCCCGUCGUAUCUGGAUGUCCUUUGUUGUUGAGGGCCGUGAGUCCUUGUACUUGGAGGACAUUGUGGAAGUACUUGGCGUUGAGCACGAGGCCGAGGCCGAGGAGUGCUUCAACGCCCUCGACCAGGACGGCAACGGAGAUAUCAGUCUUGACGAGAUGGUGCUGACCAUUUCUGAAUUUGGUCGUUUGCGCAAGGCUCUUAACCACAGCAUGCACGAUGUUGACCAGGCCAUCCGUGUUUUGGAUAACCUCCUCAUGUGUGUUGCCGGCUUGGUUGGUGUCCUGGUUUUCAUCUCAUUCGUCACUACUGGAUUCGGUACCGUCAUCGCUGCUGGUGCCACCUCACUGCUGUCCCUCAGUUUCGUCUUCUCCGUCACUGCCCAGGAAGUCCUGGGAUCGUGUAUUUUCCUCUUUGUUAAGCACCCCUUCGAUAUCGGUGACCGUGUUGAGGUCAGCGACAAGCCUUUCAUCGUUGAUCGUAUCUCUUUGCUCUUCACUGUUUUCCGCAAUGUCACCGAUCACCGUGUCACUCAGGUGCCCAACAACAUUCUGAACAGUCUUUGGGUUGACAACUUCACUCGCGCCAAUGCUAUGCACGAGCAGCUCACAGUUCCUGUUGCCUUCGAUACCAGCUUCGCCGAGGUGCAAAUGUUGCGCCAAGAAAUGGAGAACUUUGUCCGUGACAAGGAGAACUACCGCGACUUCCAGCCCGAUGUUGACAUCGAGCUUGGUGGCGUUGGCGACAUGGACAAGCUCCAGCUGCGCGUUGAUAUCCGCCACAAGUCCAACUGGUCCAACGAAACCGUCCGUGCUGCCCGUCGAUCCAAGUUCCUGUGUGCUCUCGUCCUGGCUGUUCGCAAGGUUCAAGUUCGCGCUCCUGGUGUUGCUGCUCCUGAGGAAACCGCCGAUGCCGCUGAGGGUGACGACAAGGGUGAUGAUGCUGGUGCUGGUGAGGGCAAGAAUGACGCUGACCCCAAGCCUGCGGCCGCUGCUGCUGUUGCUGCCGGUGCGGGCUUGACUUUCGAGAACACUGGUCAAUCGACUGGAUUCGAUAACCAGCGUACCGGAACCAUUACCCAUCGUGGCUCUACCCAGACCAACGCUGAGCGCGAGGCCGCCAUUGUCGACAUGCUCAACUCCCGCUCGCCUGCAGUGGACAUUGGUCGCGAUGACGGUGGCGAACUCCAUCGCACUGCAACCAACGCCUCGACUCACGGAAAUCAACUUAGUGUGCACAAUGGCACAACAGGCGGCAACAUCUCCCGUGGUCUCUCAACUGGUCAUCGCAAGGCCGGAGAUCGUGCCUCCUUCAAUACUCAGGACGCACCCGCUGUCCCUCAUGCACCUGGCCUUUCCCCUGUCGCUGCAGGCAUGACCCCCUCGAGCAGCCAAGUGCCCAUCUUGGAAACUCCCAAGCCCGGCUCCCGCGGCAGCGCUCGCUAUGAGCCCCGCCCUCACUCCGGCCAUGGCAACCAAAGCCAGAUGGCCACCGUCCAAGCCGUCGGAUCUCCUGACCCGAACACCUACCAGGGCGGCUCCUACAAUAAUGGCAGCGGUUACAACCAAGUUUCGGAUGAGCACCGUGACAUCUCCGGCAUGACCGCUCACAGCAAUUACGAGAUCUCAGACCGCUAUGAUCCCGUGUCGCCGCCAUCCGCGAGCAUCUACUCCCCACCUCAAACCCACCCUCAUUCCGCGGCUGCGACAAAUCCCUUCAAUCCUAGCACGCCGGCUGGAUCCACUCCCGCCACCCGUCGGCCUUCUUUCCUGGCAAAGACCUUGAAGAAGAACAAGUCUCCUUAUGACGAAUAA